AUCAAUUUUAUUUACACAGGAAUACCUAGUACCUACGACAAGUGCUAACUUGAUAGAUGCAAAAAGUGAUUUUCGAACGUAUUAUCCUUUAUUUGACAAGUAAGCCAAGGCAAAAUGUCUGUGUUAUUUCAAACAGCAAUAAAUACAGGAAAAUUGAAUUCUUUUAGAAAAUUAUUAAAUACAUCUUUCAAGACAUGUAAUUGUUUAUGUAUGAGAAAUAGCUCAGAUGUUAACAAGAGAUUUGUGUCUUUUGAUGAGGCUGUGGCCCAGAGGAGAGCUGAAGCACGACGUAGUUUUGUCGUCCAAGUCAAUUCCGAGGCAUCAUUCAAUGAGUUAUAUGGCUAUUGUUCAAAAUAUGCCAGCAUCAAUGGUGUUCAUCAUUACAAAAACUCUGUCGGAGAGCAUUUCAUGCUCGUCGAAUUUGCAUCAGAAGACAAUCUCAAGGAAGUUAUCCGGUCAUGCAGUGUACAUCAAAAAGACAUUGAUGUCAUGGCACUACAAUCGCCAUUUGUAUGGUUUCGUGCAGUUAAUGACAAGAAGGGUGCAAUAGUACCAAACGCAACACUAUCCUGCAUCAACGGCACUGAGGAGGUGGAUGAGGAUGUCCUGUUUGAACAGCUAAUAAACUGUAACAGUGUGUCGGAACAGAUACAAACUCUUUAUGAUAAGACUGCUCUGAAUGAUUUGGGUGUACGGCUGAGGUAUAUGGUGGCAAGACAACUAGAAACUGUUUUUGAGAGUAUGUAUGCAAAUGUAGCAGUGAGGCCAUUUGGAUCUUCUGUAAAUGGUUUUGGAAAAAUGGGCUGUGAUUUGGAUUUAGUUCUCACAAAUGUUGUGACUGAUGAAAUGAGUGACCCUUCCAAACGACUGAUAUUCCAAGAGAAGAAAUGCGAAGGCGGCCGCAGCCCCUGGCAACGGCACAUGGAGCUAGUGGCGGAAACAUUGGAGUUGCGAGUGCCAGGGGCUACCCGUGUGCAUCGUAUACUACAUGCUAGGGUGCCCAUAGUGAAGUUUGCACAUUACUUCACCGAUAUGGAAUGUGACUUGUGCUAUAAUAAUGUAUCUGGGGUGUACAUGUCAGAGCUACUUUGGAUGUACGGCACACUGGAUCCGCGCGUACGGCCCCUGACGUUCGUGGUACGCCGCUGGGCACAGACGGUGGGCCUCACAAAUAUCCACCCUGGCAGGUGGAUCACCAACUUUCCUUUAACACUGAUGGUGCUGUUCUUUCUGCAGCAGAAGACUAAGGAUGGCAGCAUAUUGCCAUCAUUUAAGACACUCUUCCAGAAAGCAGGUAAAGAAGACAUCAGAAUAGCAGAGGAGAAUCUGAACUGCACCUUUCUGCGCGACCUGAACAAGCUUCCGGCAGAAACAUAUGGACAGAGUGACGCUAGUCUUGAGGCGCUGCUGCUCCAGUUCUUCGAGUUCUAUGCUCAGUUCGACUUCGAAGACAAGGCCAUAUCGAUCAUCGAAGGAAUUCCAGUUAGAAAGCCUAACAACUUAGCGUUAUAUAUCGUCAAUCCCUUAGAACAAGCAUUGAAUGUAAGCAGAAAUGUCAGCUUUGAAGAAUGUGAAAGGCUUAAGUUAGAAGUAAGAAACGCGGCGUGGCAACUAGACGCAGGGUACGACAGAGAGAAAUCUGAUGACUGGGGUCUUGUGGCCUUACUUGAGAAAAAGGCAGCAAGGAGUCUUAAAAGACUGCUCAAAGUCGGCAACUCACAACGUCUUGUGUCUGUCAAAGAUUUGUUCAAUGAAGAUGAAGAAAAUGAGAAGAAUGGGAAAAGCAAGACUAAAUUAACAAAAAAGAGUGAUAAAGAUGGAAAUGUAAAGGAAGUUAAAGAAACGCUUUCACAAAUAUAUGGGAAGAAUAAAGAACAGAAGAUGAAAUUCAAAAACAGUCACAUAGCAAGUGAAGUGUACAGAAUAAGACGGGAUAAGAUUGUGUGACGUGUAGUGUAGCAUGGCUAGUUUCCUGAUAUUUUUGCGGUGUAGCGACUGCAAUACGACCGUCAUUUGUCACUGAAAACAAGACUGCAUGGUUUCCUAAUGUUUUAUGUCCAUUUUGAAAUAGUGUUUUGAUGAGUCAUAUUGCAGUAUUUAAAUGCAAUGUAAUGAGGAAUCUAAGCUUUAGUAUUGUUUGUAUAUAUUUCCAAAUAAAUCACAAGUAUGAUUUGAUAUUUGCUGCACAGAUUUAAAUGACGAUGGAUAUUUGCAUGUAAAAAGAAUUUCAAUUGUUGUAUAAUUCAUUUUGAUAUAUUGGAUUAUUAUGGCUCAAUGGGAAUGAAACAAACAAUAUCUUCAUUCUUCCUUUAUAUUUAUUUAUUUUUUAUUAUAUGUAUUUUUGGAUAGUAUAAUAUUGGUUCUGUAUCGUAUUGUCCCUGUACCGGGCACGCGGCUGCUCCACUGAUAAGACGACUUUCGUUCAUCAUGCAGGCCUACAGCUUUGUAGACUUCAUGGUUCACAUACCUCCUUUAAUUUUAUUAAAUGUGCACUACAUAGGUUCCCCCGCCGUUUUGUUUACCUAAUUAAGGACCAAAAACUUGAUUGAUUUGGCCAAAUAUAUGUAUAAUGAUAUAAAUUGUAUUCUUUGAUUUUCAUAACUUACCAAAAAGCGUUUGUAAAUUGUUGGUGAUGUUAUAGCUCGAAUGAUUGUAAGGUAAGAAAAUACAAGAUUCGUAUGUUCAGUUAUUUUAUUUAGAUUGUUUGUAAAUAAACUUUUAGAUAUAAAA